AUGUCUGUUUACAAAUACACAUUCGACCCCCACACGGGCGACUGGAAGAACAAAUCGUUCUCAAACACGAUGGCAAGUCAGCUGGAGAGCUUGACGCUAUUCGACCCAACAGGGACCCCCGAGAUGGACAAUAAACCGAAGAGGGCUAUGGACUAUCAGGCUGUCCUAGACGAAGCAAAGAAUAUCAUAGAAGCAGCGGACGUCGCGUUCAAGCCGCGGAUGAAGUCAGCGUCAUUGGGCCUCCGAGAAUCUAUGCCGAAAGACAAGAGACGCUUGCGAUGGUUCAUAACACCGCACGAGGCAGCCGUCCUGCUCGCCGACAAGGAUGAAACAUGGCUUGACAGAAAACCUUACGACAUGCCAUUCGAUCUACCACAUCUGCCCAACCGGUUUCCAAUCGAUGAUGAUGACAAUGAUGGGUAUGCCAGUAGCACAGAAGAAGAAGCUAUUGUACCGCCCGCCUCAUACCGUGACAAAUACAAGGAAACCAAAGACACAUACAGAGGUAGAACUGAUAAGUUUAAGGAAAGAUUUGAAAGAGAAAAGAAUACGAAAAACAGAGAAAGAGAUAAUGUAGUGAAGAAUAAGCAAGAUAAAGAACACAAUGAAAGAUACAAAACGAAAAUAGAUCGGCAUAAUGACAUGAAUGAUAGAGACAGAAACACAAACAAGACAGUCAGGGCAAGAGGGCAAAGUGAAAGCAGAGUAAAGGGGUAUAGUGAACAAUAUCACGACCAGCGUGGAUACAAUUCAGAUACCGAUGAUAGCUGGGGACACAAUCCAGACAAUUCUAGGAGAAACCAAGGCGGUUAUACCAAGAUAAAUGCUACCAAAGCAAAGUACAAAAAAUACCAAGACGCCCUUAACAAGUCUCAAAAUCGAUCGGAUUCUUAUCGGGCAAAGAGAGAAGAAGCCUUUGAGAAAAUUGAAACUCAUCGCUCCAGAAAAAGUGUUGAAAGUGAUGACUAUUUGGGAGCGACAAGUCGAUCUUUACCAGAGAGGAAGGAAAGAGUGCAAGUUGAAACAACGCGGGGCUACUCUGACUCUGAAUAUCAGGCAAGGGCUAGCUUUAACACGAUGCCCCGGAAGAGAGAAAGAGCGCCACUGCCGAAAUACAAGCGAUAA